AUGGCUGAAAUCUACCGUGCCAGCACUACCGCCCCCGUCAACAUUGCCGUUAUAAAAUACUGGGGGAAACGGGACCCAAAGCUCAACCUCCCCACUAACUCGUCCCUUUCUGUCACGCUCUCGCAAUCAGACCUCCGCACCCAUACAACCGCUUCCUGCUCUCCCUCGUACCCUGCUUCCGACUCCCUCCUCCUGAACGGCUCCCCGCAAGAUGUGUCUGGCGCGCGAACCCAGGCUUGCUUCCGCGAACUGCGAGCAUUGAGGAAACAACUCGAGGAUGCAGACUUGGCGGUACCCAAACUAUCGGCCAUGCCGUUGAAAAUCGUAUCCGAGAACAAUUUCCCCACGGCAGCCGGACUAGCGAGCUCAGCGGCAGGCUUUGCGGCAUUGGUCCGCGCAAUUGCAAAUCUAUACGAGCUGCCGGCUUCCCCGACAGCGCUGUCUCGCAUCGCAAGACAAGGCUCUGGCUCGGCUUGUAGGAGUUUGUUCGGAGGCUACGUGGGCUGGGAACAAGGCUCCGCAGUUGACGGCUCCGACAGCGUAGCAUUCCAGGUGGCGCCGGCGAACCACUGGCCAAGCAUGCGGGCCAUCAUCCUCGUCGUCAGUGCUGCAAAGAAAGGCGUGAGCUCUACAACAGGGAUGCAAGCCACAGUCGCCACAUCCUCGCUAUUCGCUUCACGAACAAGCGAGAUUGUGCCGAGGAGAAUGGCAGAAAUGCAGAAAGCGAUUCAGGAGAAGGAUUUUGAGACUUUUGGAAAAGUGACCAUGAUGGAUUCGAACUCCUUCCAUGCUACCUGUCUGGAUACGUAUCCGCCUAUCUUCUACCUUAAUGAUGUGUCUCGUGCCGCCAUCAAAGUUGUUGAAGAAAUCAACGCUUCCGCUGGCAAAAUCAUCGCAGCGUACACUUUCGACGCCGGGCCAAAUGCUGUGAUUUACUACCUUGAGGAGAACGAAGUACAGGUGGCAGGAUUGUUCAAGGCGAUGAUGGGGGAGAAGGAAGGCUGGAAGAGUGAAAGGGGGGAAAAGGUCCAAGGGAACGAGCAGGCGUUCCAGGCCGUAGAGAAAGAGGCCGGCGUGGCGGUGGCGUUGUUAAGAGAGGAUGUUAGUCGGGUCAUUCUGACUGGUGUUGGAGAGGGCCCAGAGAAGACGGAGGAGAGCUUGAUUGAUGAGAAGGGGCAGCCUACUACUUGAAUUGGAAACGAACUG